AUGGAGAAGAGCAAAGUCCUAGUGGUUGGCGGCAUGGGGUACAUCGGCAGAAGGAUGGUGAGGGCGAGCUUGGCUCAGGGCCACCGGACCUUCGUCCUGACGCGGCUGGAGAAGGUUGGCAUGGACAUCGACAAGCUCCAGCUCCUGCUGUCGUUCAAGGCGCAGGGAGCGGUCCUCGUUGAGGCGUCGAUGGACGACCACCGGAGCCUCGUCGCCGCCGUGAAGCGGGCCGACGUCGUCGUGUCCGCCAUGGGCGGUCCACACCUGCUGCAGCAGCUCAAGCUCGUGGAGGCUAUCAAAGAAGCUGGGAAUGUCCAGCGGUUCCUACCAUCUGAAUUCGGAAUGGACCCAGCAAGGAUGGGGCACGCUCUUGCGCCCGGGCGGGCCACGUUUGAUGACAAAAUGGUGAUAAGAAAGGCAAUAGAAGAAGCAAAUAUUCCUCACACCUAUGUCUCUGCUAACUGCUUUGCGGCUUACUUUGCUGCUAACCUAUCUCAAAUUGGUACUCUUCUCCCACCCAAAGAGAAAGUUCACGUAUAUGGGGAUGGCAAUGCCAAAGUGAUUUUCGUGGACGAAGAUGAUGUUGGAACAUACGUAAUCAAGUCUAUUGAUGAUCCUCGGUCAUUGAACAAGACAAUUUACGUAAGACCACCGGAAAACAUAUUUAGUCAGAAUGAGCUGAUUGCUAAAUGGGAAAAGCUAUCAGGAAAAGUUCUUGAGAAGAUUCCUAUUCCGUCUGAUGAAUUCUUGGCCUCAAUGGAAGGUGCGGACCAUACUUAUCAGAUAGUAGUCGGACAUGUCUACCACAUUUUCUACGAGGGCUGCUUGACAAACUUUGAAAUUGCGGACGAUGAAGAAGCUUCUCUACUCUACCCAGAGGUUCAGUACACCCUGAUGGACAAGUACAUGAAACGCUAUUUCUAAUAAAAUAAUAUAUGAACCUCAACAUCUUUAUCAGCACAAGACAACAUAUA